AUGACGGGUUGUUGCGCCUUCGGGUGCAGCAAUAAAUCGGAGAAGGGGUACAAGAUGUAUAGGUUCCCCGCAGAUCCACAAAGACGAAAAAUAUGGGAGAACAAAAUUCACUUCGACGAAUCACAAUUUGAAAAUGGGAGAGCAGAUGGGAAGAAAAAACUGAAGUGGCAGGCGGUACCAACCAUAUUCUGCCAUCGCAGUGUGCUGAAGCCCAGGCGACCUCUGAAACGCCUUCCCUGUACACCAAACGCUGUUAGUGCUACCAAGAAAUCGUGCGUUUCCUUUGACCAUACCUACUGUAUUAACCCAGCAGACAAAACAACAUCAACCUCAAGUUCAGGUGUUUAA